GCAGCGCAACGAGCACGCCGGCCGGAGAAGCAGCAACGCAAGAGGCAGCAGCGGCGUAAAGCUCGUGGCUGCUUGCGGCCUCGAGGUCGUCACCAUGCUCGUUCCGUCGGACAUGAUGGGCGCCCAGUCCAAGCUCCUCUACCAGCUGAACAAGUUCUACGGCGAGCGCGUGCAGACUCGCAAGGCGGGCGUCGCCAAGACGUUGCGCGAGGUGUGCCGCGUCGUGCAGGACGUGCUCAAGGAGGUCGAGGUUCAGGAGCCGCGAUUCAUCUCCUCGCUGAACGACUGCAACGGCCACUACGAGGGCAUGGAGGUCAUCUCGCCCACCGAGUUCGAAGCCGUGCUCUACCUGAACCAGAUGGGCGUGUUCAACUUCGUGGACGACGGCACGCUACCCGGCUGCGCCGUGCUCAAGCUGAGCGACGGCCGCAAGCGCUCCAUGUCGCUCUGGGUGGAGUUCAUCACUGCCUCGGGCUACCUCUCGGCUCGCAAGAUCCGCUCGCGCUUCCAGACGCUCGUGGCGCAAGCGUGCGACAAGUGCAGCUACAGGGACAGCGUCAAGAUGUUGGCCGACACGAGCGAGGUGCGGCUGCGGAUCCGCGAGCGCUACGUGGUGCAGAUAACGCCGGCGUUCCGCUGCGCGGGACUGUGGCCCCGGUCGGCGGCCCACUGGCCCGUGGCGCACAUACCGUGGCCCAACCCGAACCUGGUGGCCGAGGUGAAGGCCGAAGGGUUCGACUUGCUCUCCAAGGAGUGCGCCACCCUGCAGGGCAAGCAGUCUUCCAUGGAAGGCGACGCCUGGGUCCUCAGCUUCCUCGACGCCGAGAACAGGCUCCUCUCAGGGGGCUGCCGCCGGCGCUGCCUGAGCGUGCUCAAGACUCUGCGAGACAGGCACCUGGACCUGCCGGGAAACCCGGUGUCCGCGUACCACCUCAAGACGCUGCUGCUGUACGAGUGCGAGAAGCACCCGCGAGAGCUCGAGUGGGACGACGCGUGCCUCGGCGACCGUCUCAACGGCAUCCUCUUACAGCUCAUCUCGUGUCUGCAGUGCCGCCGCUGCCCGCACUACUUCCUGCCCCACCUGGACCUCUUCAAGGGAAAGUCGGCCGGGGCGCUGGAGAACGCGGCCAAACAGACGUGGAGGCUCACGCGAGAGCUGCUCACCAAUCCCAGGUCGCUAGAGAAGCUCUGAACUGACAACGCUGCUGAUACGCAGGCGGCGUUAUAGAGCUUGUCGCACUGUGGAUCUUUAAGAGCCUGUGAUCGUGCAACCCGCCACUCCUACCGACAGCUCGCUCCGAGACAGUUCCCGCGAUUCGGAAACUGUCUCGAAACUGCAGGACCCGACCGGUUGUGCGUUCUCGGACCGGGCGCGCUGUCCGUGUGUCCCGGAGUGCGGUGGCCAUGCGUGCUAUACACCAACGCAGUGUCUCCGCGUGUCUGCGGGUGGGCCAUCAAAGUGGAACGGUGGGCAUACCUCUAGCAGUGCUGUGUGCGAGUGAUGGCCACUUCGCGGAUGCAGUGAUACAGACACCGUACGGACGAAGGCGACCUGGGAAGGACAUCACACUCUGUUGCGGCCCGAAACUUCAGAGAGUGUAGUCGCUCUGCACGCCCGCUGUAGGUAUUUAUUGUCGAACGUCCAUGUGCUAUAGAUGUAUGUAUACACAAAGGUCUCUCACCAGGCUAGUCCCGAUAAAGCCCAAUAGUUCUACCAUGCAGGUCACCGAGAGAGGUCGCAUGUGGCGACGUCGACUGCCUGUGCAUGUCAUUUCUGCGCUGUCCUCGAACUGUCAUUCUUAACAGAAAUAAACUCAAGGACGAUGCCAAGCAAUAGCAGAGUCACUGCACUAGGAUGUUUUUAACGAUGUCAAAUGACAUAUGGCAGUGUCCGAGAGAUUAACCAAGCAAUGAGAAAUCUAGCGUGGCUCCAUAACUUGUAGAUUUGUGCGAUUAAUAUAUCAUUGCUUUAGCACAACGUAUGUGAUGCAAGUGAUCCAAAAGACACGUCAGACCGAGUCUUACUCAAGGAAUAGCAGCCAUAGACCAGGCAAAAUUUAACGCAAAAAUUUCUACAUUCGCUGGCGCAGGAGAGCGUAUAGUAUACAGCUACAGGUCAGGGUAAUACCGAGCUGUUCUAUAUCAGCGUAUGACAGCACUUCAGAAAGCAAUGCGGAGAUACUAAUUUGCACUAAGGGUGCUCUCGGCAACAGAAAAAUGCUGACCUCCCAUUGACAGCGAGACCAAGAGCAGAUUGCAUGCAGCAGUAAUUAGCUAUAUUCGUCAUGCGUAAUUCUGUUUAUAUCUUUUGCGGCGCUGCGCUGCGAUUGAACGUCAAAACACUAGUUGAACGAAAAAAAAGCACACAUCUGAAGCUAUAGCUGGACAUGUUUACACUUGAUACGGUCAACCGUUAAUCAUUUGGCAUGUCGCGCUCGACGUGAAAGCUGCCGAGAGCCCGUCAGUCACGCUGCAGUCCGGAACCUCAAAACUCGGCAACAAUGUCUGGCUUUAAUUCCUCGCUCUAUAUAACCCCUUAGCUACGUGACAGAGUUGGAGCCGAAGGCAUGCAGCUCACAGGAACACUCCAAAUUAGAUGUGUCAUUGUUUUGAUGCGUACAGCAUGUGCAUGUGCAGCACUCGAGACAUGGCAGCUCCCCAAUCUAAACAGCGCGGGUUAAUUUUUCGUUGAACAAGGGCGAAAAGAUGACAUCUUUCCAUACGCAGGCAAGCGUCGCCCCUCCGAACGAGUUAGGUAUAAGUGAAGGCUUGUAUAUUUACGAGUACCGGAUAUUAUUAGUUCGUUUCCCUCGACCUACAUACGUCAAUUCCUGCUCUCAGGCCAAAUUGCGUUCGCAUGUGCACGAACAGUGCAUGCGGCUGUUGAGAACCCUCCCGGGAACAAAUAUUCGAACUUGUCGCUUUUCCUUUAGAACGAAGAAUGAAGUACACGCCGUCUGCACAAACCAUAUAAAACGAACGUGAAUGUCACAGCUUCAUGCCCCAAAACAACCUAUUGUCUAUUGCCCGUAUUCCUGUUCGUGUUCAUGCCUGUUACAGCAUAGAAGCGCAGUAAAUGCCCGAGAACACAGAACUUUGCAAGUAUACUUCCUAUAAUGUAGCAGCCACAUUCUUGGAUGUACCGUACAGUUGACGAAACAUAUAUAAUGUGAAUGUCUGGCCACGUCUCUCUUGUCGUGCAAGCUUGCGUUCAAAGGCCAAGGGAAAACAAAGCGUGCAACAUCUUUUGUUCAUUGUUGUCUUGACAUGUCUUUGUCGUGUUGGCACCUUUCGUAUUUGUUGUGAGAUAAAAGAAA